GCCGGCCGGGGACGCGGCGGUUGCGUUGGCGGCGCUGGGCUGACGACGCGCAGGGCUGACACGCAGGCUGCGGCGUCUCGUGUGAACAGGGGGCGGGCGCGCCGGGCGGCGGCGGCGGCGGGGGGGGGGCGGGGGCGCGCGAUGUGUGCGUCGGGGGGGUCGCUGAUGGGGGGCUACGAGGGCCGGGCGGAGGGUCGCGGGCUGCCGGCCUUCGGGUGGCGCCUCUGCCUGGCCCACCAGUUCGCCGAGAAGAGGAAGCCCUUCCGAGCCGGGGACGUCUCCGCCAGCGACGUCUUCAAGCACCUGGGCCUGGCCCUGCGGUACGCCAGGUGGUGGUACCGCAAGACGCGCGUGGAGAAGAGGCGCCCGGUCAUCGACCCCUUCAACCCGGAGCCCCUCCGGCAGGUCUACGGCUGCCCGCUGGGGGGGUUCGGGGGCGGCACCAUCACGCGCGGCUGGCAGGGCCACUUCUGCCGCUGGCAGCUGAACCCGGGCAUCUACCACUACCAGGCGGUGGUCGCCGACCAGUUCACCGUCUGCCUGCGCCGGAAAGGCCGGACCGUGUACCAGCAGGUGCUGUCGGUGGAGCGGCCGGGCAGCCUGCAGGGCUGGAACUGGGGCUUCUGCGGCCACUACGCCUUCUACCACGCCCUCUACCCGCGGGCCUGGACCGUCUACCAGCUGCCCGGCCAGGAGGUGGUGCUGACUUGCCGGCAGGUAGUGCCCAUCAUCCCCCACGAGUACCAGGAUACCAGCCUGCCCGUGGGGGCCUUCGUCUGGGAGGUGGAGAACAACGGCAGCGAGGACCUGGAGGUCUCCAUCAUGUUCACCUUUCAGAAUGGCAUGGAGGCCAAGGAGGACCGAGCCGGGGGCCACUGGAACGAGCCCUUCAGCCAGGAGAGGGACGGCUGCUGUGUCCGGGGCGUGCUGCUCCACCACUGCCUCCCGGUCAACUCCUACACUCUGGCUAUCUCCGCCCGGGAGAAGGUGGGCACCACAGUUACCCACUGGACAACGUUCAACCCUGCUGGCACUGGGCAAGAAGUGUGGCAUGACCUCCUGGCAGAUGGCAAGCUGGCAUCCCCACCAGGGGAAAGCACGCCUACAGAGAAGGGGGAGGCCUGCGCGGCAGCUGUGUGUGCCAGCUGCACGGUGCCAGCCCAUGGGCGAGGGACGCUGGAGUUCGGCUUGGCCUGGGACAUGCCUCGUGUUCGCUUUGGAUCCAAAGAGCGGGAGCACCACAGGCGAUACACUCGGUUCUUUGGCAGCAGCGGGGAUGCCGGCCCAGCCCUCUCCCACUACCUGCUUACGCACUACGAGGAGUGGGAGGAGAAGAUUGAGGCCUGGCAGAGACCCAUCUUGGAGGACAGCAAGCUGCCCCCGUGGUACAAGUCAGCCCUCUUCAACGAGCUGUACUUCCUGGCCGACGGAGGGACCGUGUGGCUUCACCUGCUGCCGGAGGACAUGGCUUCCCUGGGUACCAGCCCAGGCCUCUCCCAGUACCUUCCGCUCCUGCAGGAGUACGGCAGGUUUGCCUACCUGGAAGGCCAAGAGUACCGGAUGUACAACACCUACGACGUCCAUUUCUACGCCUCCUUUGCUCUCGCCAUGCUGUGGCCCAAGCUGGAGCUCAGCCUGCAGUAUGACAUGGCCGCUGCCGUGCUGAACGAGGACCCGCAGCCCCGGUUGUACCUGAUGCACGGGCAGAUGGCCCAGGUCAAGCCGUGCAACAUCGUGCCUCAUGACAUCGGGGACCCAGAAGAUGAGCCGUGGCAGCGAGUCAACGCCUACUGCAUCCACAACACGGCAGACUGGAAGGACCUGAACCUGAAGUUUGUGCUGCAGGUCUUUCGGAACUACCACCUCAUGCGGGACUCCGCCUACCUGCAGGACAUGUGGCCCAUCUGCCAGGCCGUGAUGGAGUCCGAACUCCGGUUUGACACAGAUGGGGACGGCCUGAUCGAGAACUCUGGCUUUGCGGACCAGACGUACGAUGCCUGGGUUGUGACGGGCGCCAGUGCCUACUGUGGGGGCCUGUGGCUGGCAGCUGUCUGCAUGAUGUGUCGGAUGGCCGAGGUGCUGGGCGAGGACGAGGUGCAGCAGAAGUAUGCGGCCAUCCUGGCUAAGGGCACGGAGGCCUUUGAGAGGCUUCUCUGGAACGGGAAAUAUUACAACUACGACAGCAGCAAGAUGGCCUCCUCCAGCAGCGUCAUGUCAGAUCAGCUGGCUGGGCAGUGGUUCCUCCGGGCGUGCGGCCUGGGCGAGGGGACAUCGGAGGUUUUCCCGCGGGACCACGUGCUGAGUGCUCUGAAGACCAUCUUUGAAAUGAACGUCAUGGGCUUCUCGCAGGGGACGAUGGGAGCCGUGAACGGCAUGCGGCCUUCUGGGGUGCCGGACACCUCCAGCGUUCAAUCCGACGAAGUGUGGGUCGGGGUGGUGUAUGCGUUAGCUGCCACUAUGAUCCAGGAGGGCCUGGUGGAAGAGGGCUUCCACACAGCCGAGGGCUGCUACCGUACCGUGUGGGAGCAGCUCGGCAUGGCCUUCCAGACCCCCGAGGCCUACUGCCAGAAGAAGCUCUUCCGCUCCCUGGCCUACAUGCGUCCGCUCAGCAUCUGGAGCAUGCAGCUGGCUCUGGAGCGCAGGGCUGCGCGGGCGGCCUCUGCCCCAGUCAACAGUGCCAACUCCUGAGUCGGGGGUGCGGCCCUGUUCGGGGAGUCGUUUCAUCCGCUGCCCGCGCACUCUGCUGAGGGCAUGCAAAGCGUAUCUGGAGCACAGCAGCCGGGACAGCAGCUGUGGGUUCUGGCCCCCUCCCCUUCCGGCCCACCUGGCUGCCAGCUGCCUGACUCAAGGGGGGGCUCUUCCACUCGGCCUGCUGCAUGACGGUCUGUUUCCUGCCUGUUGUGCUGUUUGUCUGAGGAGGGAAGAGGGGGGCCACGGGGGGGGGGGGGCUGCUGCCUGGCUGGCCAACCUCAGGAGAAGGAGCUCGUGUGUAUGAAGGAUCUCUGAAUUGCCCACUGCCUUCAGCUUCUCCCUUCGGUUGCUUUUGUUUCUCUCCUCCCCGCAAAACAGCCCUAUGUGAGGAGUGGGGGGGGGGGGGGUUCUGCUGCACCCAAUGCUCCCCUUCGCCCUUUGGUUUGCACACGGUGUCAAUCAAGCCCUGUACAAUCUGGUUCGCUCUCUCGUUCUUUUUAGAUGUGAGGUUGAUUUGAAUUAAAAUAAAGGAACAAGUGGUGAAGGA